AUGGCCCGAAUGAACCGCCCAGCUCCUGUGGAAAUCACCUACAAGAACAUGAGAUUCCUGAUCACACAUAAUCCAACCAAUGCAACCUUAAACAAAUUUAUAGAGGAACUUAAGAAAUACGGUGUUACCACAGUGGUAAGAGUGUGUGAAGCUACUUAUGACACUGCUCCGGUGGAAAAAGAAGGCAUUCAGGUCUUGGACUGGCCCUUUGAUGACGGUGCUCCACCAUCCAACCAGAUUGUUGAUGAUUGGCUAAACCUCCUUAAAGUUAAAUUUCGUGAAGAGCCUGGUUGUUGUAUUGCUGUACACUGUGUUGCUGGUCUUGGAAGAGCUCCAGUCUUAGUUGCUCUUGCACUGAUAGAAUGUGGAAUGAAGUACGAAGAUGCAGUGCAGUUCAUAAGACAGAAGCGGCGUGGAGCUUUCAACAGCAAGCAACUUCUGUACUUGGAGAAAUACCGCCCCAAGAUGCGUCUGCGCUUUAAAGACUCCAAUGGUCACCGAAAUAAUUGUUGUAUUCAGUAAAGCUCAACAGCCUAUAGUACUUCUUCGGGAAUAAAGGAUGGAAACUAGAAUUCAGCAGACUGCAUGCCAAAGACAUCAGUCUGGUAUUUUUUAGUAGUAAAGGAAGCUUCCUUAGGAGUAUUUAUUAGGCUAAAGGCUCAGUAGAAAUGCAACUUCUAUGUUUAGAUAAAUAUCUGUCUAUUUGGAGACCCAGUAAAUGUUUUUGCUGUACCCUGUUUCUGAGCUGUCUCCUUGUUCAUUAAUUAUCAGAUCGAAUAUCCUUUAAUCAUGCCAUUGAGUCUUACUGACCUAGUUUCAACUACUAAAAAUUGGGGUACUAAAAUAAAUCAAUCUGUAGAGAGAUUAGGUGCCAAAAUACCCAGCAUAUCAGCUAUAUGUUUUUCCUUAAAAUGAGCAUAGUUCUGAUGAUGUGAGAACUACCAGCUUAUCUGGACCUUACUAUCUUUUUUUCUACAGUCAUUUCAAUAUUGAAGAAUAUGGCCUCUAAAGUAGUCUUGCCUGCUCACUGUAUGUUUUGUCUCCCACAAUCGCACUAGAAUUAUCAGGAUUUGCACAGACUUGUCUUUUUAAUACUAUGAAUUACAGUAACUUUUUACCCCUGCAUCUGUACUUUUCUGUUACCUGAACCUCUCCAUAUUACAAGUCAUUACUCUGGUUAUUCAUGUAGAAGAUCUUUUAAAUUGUACAGAAGCACACAAGUCUUUAAUGUCUCCAGACAAAAAGCCUUACAGUAAAAUUAAUGUUGGCACUUCAUGUGCAACUUAACAGAGGGCCUGAAAAGGUUGGGAGGGGCUAUUUAAUAUUUCUAGUAAAAUGUUGCCUUUGUCUUGUGCAGGAAGUAUAGAAUAUGCCCUUUACUUUAGUAAAUAUUUUUUUAAAACGUAGAAACGCUUUGUUAUUGUAGCUAAAAAUUCUUAAUCAGAAAAUUUCUGAAAAAUCUUGUAGUUUUCUUUUACUGUACCUAUUGAGAGUUGUUUACCAACUAUUGCUUUGUUGAAAGUGUGAUCUUUUUCUUUUCUUUUCGUUUUUCCUCUUUGAGUUUCUGCUGUGACUUGGGCAGACCUCUGUAAUAUUUUGUAUGCCUUUCAAGCUGCGUAACUUAAUAUUUGGAUACUUGAUAAUUUGUUUUAUUAUGUAAUUGAUAAAAUGGUGAUGUGUAUUAAUGUUAGUUCAACCAUAUAUUUAUACUGUCUUGGGAAUGUGUGGUUAUAGUUCUGUGGGAGAAAUACUUUUGCCAGUGUUCACCAGCUUGUAAAAUCUAGUGCGAGAGCUUAAAACAUCUAAAUAAAUACUGAAAUGCACUUA